AAAGUGAAGAGAAUUCAGAUAAAAUUAGCCUGCCUGGUGCUGCUGAUGGUAACUGUUGAAAACACAGAGAGCAGGGAGUCAGUUCUACAUAGGGUUGGAGGCGGAAGAUAUUCAUGGAAACCAAAUGUUAACUUCACUGGUUGGGCAAUUCAUGAGUAGUUCUUUGUUGGUGAUUGGCUUUACUUUGGAUUCAACAAGCAGUCAUAUAGAGUUCUGCAAGUGAACGAGACAAGUUACCCCAAUUGCAUUGAAGAAAACUUCAUCAACAACAUAACAAAGGGUGGACGGGACGUUUUUAAUCUCACCAUGCCAAAACCAUACUACUUCUUAAGUGGCAGAGGCUACUGUUUCAAGAGAAUGAAAGUCGCCAUCUUUGUCCAAAACUACAACCAUUGCCAAUCACAAAUGGGUCUCUGCUCAACAAUGUUAACUCUAUUUCAAAUUUUCAAGCAAAGUUGA